AGCUGCCUGCCGCGGUCGGAAGGGAGGGGAGGGGAGGAGAGGAAGGGAAGGGACGGGAAGGGGGUGGCCGCGCCGGGCACAGCAUGGCUGCCAAGGUGGCUCUAACCAAGAGAGCUGAUCCCGCCGAGUUGAAAACAAUAUUUUUGAAGUAUGCAAGUGUGGAGAAGAAUGGCGAGUUCUUCAUGUCUCCUAAUGACUUUGUCACACGGUACCUGAAGAUAAUUGGAGAUGGUUUGCCUAAUGCAAGCACUGUACAGCUCCUUGCAGGUGUGGUGGAUCAGACGAAAGAUGGGUUGAUAUCCUUUCAAGAGUUUGUGGCAUUUGAAUCAGUCCUGUGUGCUCCAGAUGCAUUGUUCAUAGUAGCCUUUCAGCUGUUUGACAAGACUGGCAAAGGAGAAGUUACUUUUGAGGAUGCUAAGCAAGUUUUUGGCCAGACCACGAUUCAUCAGCACAUUCCUUUCAACUGGAAUUCAGAGUUUGUACAGCUGCAUUUUGGAAAGGACAGGAAAAGACACCUAACAUACCCGGAGUUCACCCAGUUUUUACUGGAGAUACAGUUAGAACAUGCAAAACAAGCUUUUGUGCAGAGAGACAAUGAUCAGUCUGGAAGAGUCACAGCUAUGGACUUCAGGGACAUUAUGGUCACUAUCCGGCCACACAUGCUGACACCAUUUGUAGAAGAAUGUCUAGUAGCUGCUGCUGGAGGUACCACUUCCCAUCAGGUCAGCUUUUCCUAUUUUAAUGGAUUUAAUUCUCUCCUUAACAACAUGGAGCUCAUUAGAAAGAUCUACAGUACUCUGGCUGGAAACAGAAAAGACGUGGAAGUCACUAAGGAGGAGUUUGUUCUGGCAGCUCAGAAAUUUGGUCAGGUUACACCCAUGGAAGUUGACAUCUUGUUUCAGUUAGCAGAUCUGUAUGAGCCACGAGGGCGCAUGACGUUAGCAGAUAUUGAAAGAAUUGCUCCUCUGGAGGAGGGGACAUUGCCCUACAACCUGGCUGAGGCCCAGAGGCAGAAAGCUCCAGGAGAUCCGUCUCGACCUAUUCUCAUCCAGAUUGCAGAAUCAGCCUACAGGUUUGCCCUUGGUUCAGUUGCUGGAGCUGUUGGAGCCACUGCAGUCUACCCCAUUGAUUUGGUAAAAACUCGAAUGCAAAACCAGCGCUCUACAGGCUCCUUUGUGGGAGAGCUGAUGUACAAAAACAGCUUUGAUUGCUUCAAGAAAGUGCUGCGCUAUGAGGGCUUCUUUGGACUUUACAGAGGUCUGUUGCCGCAGCUAUUAGGAGUAGCACCAGAGAAGGCCAUAAAACUUACUGUUAAUGAUUUUGUGAGAGAUAAGUUUAUGACUAAAGAUGGCUCUGUCCCAUUGGCCGCAGAAAUUCUUGCUGGUGGCUGUGCUGGAGGUUCUCAAGUGAUCUUCACCAAUCCACUGGAAAUUGUCAAGAUUCGACUACAGGUGGCUGGAGAAAUUACCACAGGUCCACGAGUUAGUGCCCUCACUGUAUUGCGGGACCUGGGCUUCUUUGGUCUCUACAAGGGUGCCAAGGCCUGUUUUUUGCGUGACAUCCCCUUCUCAGCCAUUUACUUCCCCUGUUACGCUCAUUUGAAAGCUUCAUUUGCCAACGAAGAUGGGAGGGUUAGCCCUGGAAAUCUGCUCUUGGCUGGAUCAAUAGCUGGUAUGCCUGCAGCCUCUCUGGUGACCCCCGCAGAUGUCAUCAAAACAAGGCUACAGGUGGCAGCCCGGGCAGGACAGACCACCUACAGUGGUGUUGUAGACUGCUUUGCCAAGAUCCUUCGAGAGGAAGGUCCAAAGGCCCUGUGGAAAGGAGCAGGAGCUCGGGUGUUUCGGUCUUCUCCUCAGUUUGGUGUAACUCUGGUGACCUAUGAGCUGCUGCAGAGGUGGUUCUAUGUGGACUUUGGAGGAGUAAAACCAGCUGGAUCAGAGCCAGUUCCUAAAUCUAGGAUCACUCUCCCUGCUCCCAACCCUGACCAUGUUGGUGGUUAUAAAUUGGCAGUUGCCACUUUUGCAGGGAUUGAAAACAAGUUUGGACUUUACCUACCUCAGUUUAAGCCAUCGCCACCUACCUCAAAGGCUGCUGCAGCAGUAGGACCCUAAGUUUCUUGCUGUAGGUUUUUUUUUUGUUAUUAGUUGGGAAAGAGCCACUUUUCUAAUUGGUUCCUAUUUGGUUCCUUUAGCUUCUCAUCCUAGAACAGUUUAGCUUUGUUUGAGUUUUGAAGGCAAUCUUCACCCGCAGUGUAAUCGUUUGUCUUUGUGCUUCCUUAACCAGAUCACUGUGAAAUCCUUACCAGUUGUUUUAAGUUUGGGGACCAUGAAUGUAUUUCUCCACAUCUGACCUGUUGCUCAUGUUGGGAAGACACUAAUGUUGGGUUCUGUUUGCUGGGGAGGGCUGGGUCUGAGCUGUGAAGCAGAUCAUCUCACAGGCCAUGCUUGGUUGCAGAUCGCCAGGGCGGAUGUGGCACAGCGGACGGCAAAAUGCGGUGGCUGCCACAGCACUGGGAGCAGAGCCAUUCCCACUGGCCCUGUCACUGGGCUCUAAACUUAGCCUGGCAAGCAAACACAGCCCUGGUACCAACCCUUCCACCACCUACACGCACAAGUUCUGUUUCUGGAUCGUGUUCUGAAGCUUUUCUGUGGAAGAUGGGGUUGGGGUUGGGUAAUGGAAACCACAUUUCUAAAUGUUUGGCCGUUGUAUUACAUUCCCGGUAUCGAAAUGCUCCAAAAGAAAGUGUUUAUUGUCCAUAGUCUUUGCACUUUAUGGCAGAACUUUUGGCAUUCCCCUCCACGUGAAGAAGGAAAUUUUCAUGACUAGGUGCCUCCCUUGAGUUGCUGGUGUUUGGAAUUCAGUUUGUAAAUGCACUUCUCUAGUAAACCCGCUGCUUGUCGAAAUAACUGCGAUAGGAAAUCAUGCACUGUAUCGAUGGUACCUGCCUUAACUGCUGGCUUGUAAUUGGCAAAUAGGUUGUUUCAGAUUCUUAUUUACUUCAUUCAGUCAAAAAAAAAAAAGAAAAA